UUAGUGAAGUAUGCUGGUCCAAUUGUACAAUGUCCAUUUCAGUUUAGUUUUAGAUGUAAGGAAUCACAGAAUCACAGAAAAAUAAUGCUAUAUAUGCGUAACGUAAGAAGAGUGUCGAAAGACUGUUCGAUUUUCGAAAAACUGGCACAAUAUUACAAGGUUUGCGCGUACAGACACACACCCACUAAAAUGUAAACUGACCUAUCUGUCUUGUUCAUUCAUAGGAGGGGCGUGUUUCUUUGCUAAAUUCGCAAAAAAACAAAAACACGAAACUGUAAGUAGCUUUCUUGAAAUAUGUGCUGAUCUCUUAGGGAAUGCAAAUAGUUGAAGCAUUCCUUUUUUCGAGGCUAUUAGAGCGACUGUCUAUUUGAAUGCUAAAUAAUAAGUUUUUCUUCCCCCAUCGUCUUAGCAAUCAAGCUGGAGGAGCUGGAUUAUCAGCAUACAAAGGUAAGCGUUUUGCUACAGCUUUAUUUUGGCAACGAGUAAAACUAUGUGUAUGCCCCUCCCCCAGCCAGCUCCAGUACACCUAAAUCUCAGUCAUACGGAAUAUAUCUAUCCAUAUAAGUUAACUAGUAAAAUUUCACAAACAUCUUUUGUUCUUAAAUUGAACGGCAAUGUAUAUCAAUCAGCAUAUAAUUGAUAAUCAUAUCUAUGUGAAGGACAAUAAGUCCACAUUUCUGAAUUGCAAAGUGGCGGAAAAUACUAUUUCUUAUACUAUGCUUCACGGAAAACGUACUGUGAAUGGUGACAGACUGGUCUUCCAGUGUACUUUUAAGUGGCAGAUUGGAUACGAAAAGAAACGUCCUCUGUACUCUUGCAGAGUUGUUGUUGGAAAGAAUAAAAGGAUCAUAACCGCCUUUCCAGUAAAGACAAAGGGACAAAGGUGGGUUUCUGCAAUCCAGUUAUAUAUAAUUAUAUAUGAUAUGUAUGUGACAUUAUUCAUUACUGUAUUAGUAUACUGUUAUGUGCAGUCAAACUUGUGUUAAAGACCACCUUUGAACAGAGACCACCUGGCUCCAAAGACCACAUGUUUUGUAGCCCAUUUUAACAUUUACAGUGUAUUUUAACCUGUGAAUAAAGACCACCUUUAAACAAGGACCACAUUUUGGCUCUCCAAAGGGUGGUAUUUACAGACAGGUUUGACUGUACAUGACAGUAUUAGUUGCUUUUAAGAAGGAAUAUAUGGUUGUUGUAUUGUUGUUUUUUUCAGUGUUACAUACCACUACACUAGUUCAUGAUGGCAGACGACCAUUAUUUAACAUCCUUUUUGUUUCCGAAUGAAACCGUUGCGUACACACUCAGCACGGAUGAAAUAAACAGAGAAAGACAGAGGCUGGAAAACGGACUUAGGGAUGUUAACAAAUGUCCACACUGCAGUGUAAACUUUUCAAGUAAGGGCAACAUGAAAAGACAUUUGAGACAAAAUAUCUGCAGAGUAGCUUCCGAGAGUCGCGACAAAUGUGAUAAAUGCAAAAAGGUGUUUUCUCGAGCCUUCUGUUUAAAGAGACACGAAAAAACGUGCGGAGAAAAGGCGUCUGCACAUACGUGUGAAAUUUGUGGGAAAUCAUUCGUGAAUGACCGUUGCCUGAAAAGACACAUACGAUUACGGCACGCAUUAUGCUGCCCGAUAUGUAAAGAGACAAUGAGUGACAAGUGUGAACUGAAAAGUCACGCGCGAGGCCACCUCUUGGAUAACUUUUUGACGCUUGGUCAGGCGCGAACACUGAGGAGAAUAGUGGGAAAAUCUGUUAUUGUCCGGCCACACGCAUCUUCUGGAUCAGCAGCCUCCUCCGCUCAAACUGGACCUUCCACCUCCCCUCAGCCUGGGCCCUCCGGGUCGGGGCGUGCAAAUCGGGACCAUCAAUCCUCACCUCGGCUACCCGGAGCAGAGCAUGUUGUGACGUCACCGGUAUUCGAGCAAACGUCGAGACAAAUACAUGGAAAUGCCGGAAUAGUGUACAGCAUUGUACCGUCGGGUUUAGCAAAACACUCCAUGUUAAACCUGUUCUCAGAGAAGAGGGAAAAUCUAGUCUGGAAUCUGAAAACACAUUUAGAAAGAUGGAAUAACGUGAAGUGGUACCUGUCAAUAAGGACACAUAUGAUUCGGCUUGACAGUGAAGGGAAUAUAAGAGACGAGGAACGCCCCACAUUUCGCAGUACAUCCCAGGUCCUGAUAGUCAGCGACAGAAUCGAGUUUCAGAUCGACCAGGCAUUCUUCAAAGUGAACUGUUCGCUGGAAACCUUCUGUUCAACGGCGAGCGGUUGGAUGCUGGAUGAAAUACUGUUAGCGGAGCAGCACAUUUUCAGGUAUGUGCCUCUCGGUAGCAACUGUGGCGACUUGAACCUUCCACCCUACCUAGCCAACACCAGAGCUCUGAUAAAUGUGACGGGGCGACCAGCUGAGAGCAAACAAUGCUUCAUUUGGGCGGUCACAGCUGCCUUGCAUCACGCACCGGACGUACACAGUGGGGCAGUUCACUGGACGUGUUUCCAAGAAGAACGAAAUCUGUACAGAAUGCCGGAAUGUAUGCAGGCCGACGAGACCGUGACGCUCGUGAAAAUCCCUGAAUUCGAGAAGCUCAACAAGGUCUCCGUGAACGUGUAUGCCCACGAAGACCACUUCUUUCCGCUGUACGUUUCAACAUUUAAGGGCAACAGGGGUCACGCGGAUCUGCUGCUUAUUCACCUACUGGCACCGGAGAUGAACAGAACGUUUCAGCAUUACUGUGCAAUAACCGACCUGGCUAGACUAGUGAAUAGACAGCAUGUACCAGGGCACAGGAUUUUCAUGUGUCCAAGAUGCUUGACGUCCAAGUACUCAGCUGCCGAUCUUCAUAAGCACCUCGAGCUGUGCUCAAUGCUCGAUCCACUUCGCAUUAAAAUGCCUGACCCGGAAAAAAAGUUUGUGACUUUCAAGAACCACAGCAAACAGCUAGAGAUGCCUUUCGUGAUUGUUGCCAGAUUUGAGUGCUACCGACGCCCUAUACUGGAUAUCGACGAGCCCACAGAAGGCGUCACCGUCCGAGAGAGGCUGCACGAGCCAUGUGCCUUCUCGUAUUACAGACUCAGCGUAGAUGACAGUCAUCCCUCAACUCCCGUGUUCUUUUCCGAUGACAGUCCGGCACAUUUGUGGAGAUGCCUUUCUGCCAGGUCAGACGGUAGCGAUUGA